AUGGAAGAGGGCCCUACAAUGGAGCUGUCGAUGCGCAGCUCCGAGGACCCGCUCAAGAACCGCGAGAGGGAGAGGGGCAGAGAAGGCAAAGAAAGCAAGGAGGGCAAGGACGGUAAGGGCAAAGCUGAGGCCGAGGGGGACCUUGAGCUUCAGGACGGCGAGGAGGGCCACGGCCAUUCGCCGGGCUCGCCUGUGGCCACUCUUUCCACGCUUGCCACUCUUGCCUAUGUUCUGGUGGCCAUUGGACAUCUCUACCUUCUAAGCGAGCAGUGCCUCGAGACGGAGUCAGCCGGCGGUCUCUUCGUUUCUCUGGCUGCUUUGCAGGUGUCGCUGGCCUUCGAGGCCGCUGUCUACGCAGCGGGAGGCCUCGUGCACGCUGGUGGGGCGAGCUUCCUGGUGACCCUCUUGGAAUCCGCAGGGCGACUGCGGCUGCUGCUUGGCGCCACUGUGUGGGCUUGGCAGGUGCCUUGGGCUGCUGAAGUUCGCUGCCGCUGUGGCGAGCAGCCCCCCACAACGACUGCGGUGCUUGCCCACCAGCAAGGUCAGACCCUGGCGUGCUUUGUGAGCGCCUUCUUUGCUGUGCGGGAAGUGUGCGUCUUUGUUCGAGGAGAGCCACCCUCUGCCUUGGACCGGUCGGUCCAACCCCGCUUUGGUGACUGCUUGCCUAGCAACGCAGUGCUGGGUGGCCAAUUUCGCGUGGACAAGGCUGAGUUUGAGCAGACGGGAAGGACAGUCUUCGUUCCAUCGAGACUUCGAGCGGGCUUGGACACCUCCAGCGGCUUGGCCCUCGCCGCGCACCUCGUGGCUGCGGCGCUGCUGCGCCGGCAAUGGUGGCUGCUGGCGACACUGGCUGCCUUGGGAGCUCGGAGGGUCGGCAGCGCGUUCGAUGCUCUCGGAGGGCGUGGCGCCUGUUGGACUCGUGAGGUUCCCCGGCUACUGUGCCGCUUUGGAGAGCUGAUGUGGCUGCGAUGCGCCCUUUGGCAGUUGCAUUCGUGUGAGACCGGUGUCCAUGGCCAACUUCCGCAAUGCAUCGCGCCCGAGAUGCCCUAG